CCAGGUGCCGUACAACACCAAAGAAGAAGAAGCAUCGGCGCGUUGACGUCACACGUGUGCGCCAAGAUUCGUUUUGCAAUCAGAGAAAUCACUUGCUUUAAUGUUUCUAGUUUUAUUUAUUUAUUCUGGGGGGCAGAUUUUGUGUUUAUGACCCCGAUUAUUUGUCUUGAAAGUACCUGACUGAUAUCAUUUUCUUCGUCCUUGACGUCGGUUCCGUACGACUCUGGUGUAAGUAGCCUCGGUCAGUUUGGUGUUUGUUAGUUAAAAUCUGAAGGACCAUACUCUGUCAAAAACUUUAAUAAUGGAGAAAAUGGUUUAGAGAUGUCUCUGGGUUUCCUGAGGUUUGUUUUGAGUCCGGCACUAAGGCCCAGUCCUCUUCGACCCUUCAGCCUGGUCGCCUCACAUCUGGCAAGGAGCCCAUCAACCCUCAGGCCAGCAUGUUCUUGCCACUUCUCCACAGACACUGAGGGCGGGAGCACCAGUGAGACCGAUUCCCAGAAGGAAACUAAAAAGUUGGACCCGAGAGCCCGAGUCACUUUUGGCAGCGUGGGUAGGAAGAUUGGCCAGCGCCGUAUACAGUUAUUGGGUGAGGAUGGAGAGGAAUUGGGUACAAUGCACCGUGCUGAUGUGAUACGACUGAUGGACGAAACAGGGCUGAGGCUUGUUGCCAUAAAUGACGAUUGUGAUCCUCCAUUAUACAGACUGAUGAAAGGGAAACAGAUCCACGAGGAGCAGAUGAAACUAAGAGACACACAGAAAGCCAAGAAAGGGCCUGUCCAAUCAAAGGAGCUCAUUUUUUCCUCUGAUAUAUCCCUUCAUGACUUGGACACUAAACUGCGGCAAGUUGUCAGCUGGCUGGAAAAAAACAACCACGUCAGACCUGUCAGAGCACGAACUGACGGUGGCACACCACUGGACAAAGUUCUAACAGAGAUGGUGGAGAGGAUAUCAGUGCCUGUUGGCUUUGUAUCAAAGCCUUCUGUGGUUCGUGGGGGUCGUGCUGCCAUGUGUGUCCUUCGGCUUGCUUCUGCUAAAGAACUGCAGAAAAAAGGAGCAGAGACUUCGAACAAGAAUUUGAAACCUGACUCAGAGACCCCAGCAUCUCUUCGUAACUCAAAAGGCUUGAAGCAACAAUAAAAUUCUAUGCAAAUUUAAUAGAAUUGUGUACAAAAGUGAAAAGUGUAUUUUUUUUUAUGCAGUGGCAUAUUUACUUUGGAACAAGUCUCCAAAAACUGUUGCUUUGGAAAGUGUGCUUUAGAAAGUUACUUGGGUUCACCAGAAUAUGACUCAUGAAACAAGACCACUGGACUCUACACCAACAGAGGUUCUAAAAGGUGAACCACUGGAUUUGCAGGGUCAUUGAGUUCAGAAUAAAUGGAUUUUUUUGACAAUGACAA